AUGGACUUUCAAAGAAUCAUGCAGCAGCAAUUCAACAUGAGGAACCAAAACCUUGGCGACGUCCCUAUGGUAGAUACAGCUGAACAAAUCUAUAUUUCCUCUCUUGCCCUCCUGAAAAUGCUCAAACAUGGCCGAGCAGGUGUCCCAUUAGAAGUCAUGGGUCUUUUAUUAGGUGAAUUAGUUGACGAAUAUACAGUCCGCGUAGUCGACGUUUUUGCAAUGCCUCAGUCAGGAACUGGAGUUAGCGUCGAAUCAAUAGACGAAGCUUUCCAAAUCAACAUGACUGAGAUGCUUAAACAAACAGGGCGGUCAGAAAUGGUUGUCGGAUGGUAUCAUUCCCACCCUGGCUUUGGCUGCUGGCUUUCAGGAGUUGAUAUGAAUACCCAACAGAGCUUUGAACAGCAGCUGGCCAGAGCUGUAGCUGUCGUCAUUGACCCUAUACAAAGUGUCAGAGGAAAAGUGGUGAUUGAUGCUUUUAGAUUGAUAAAUCCUCAGCUGUCUAUGAGAGGGAUGGAGCCAAGGCAGACAACUUCUAAUAUUGGGCACGUCGCCAAGCCUUCGAUUAGUGCACUUUUGCAUGGGCUGAAUAGGCACUAUUACUCUAUUACGAUUAAUUAUAGGAAAAAUGAGCUAGAACAGUCAAUGCUUUUGAAUUUACAGAAACAAAAAUGGGUGCAGAAGCUGAAAGUGGAAGAUUUCAUGAAGAGGGAAGAGGAAAAUUUGAAAAUCAUUGAAGAAAUGGUCACUUUGGCAGAAACUUAUAAUAAGUGGAUUCAAGAAGAAAUGAAGAAGACUAAACAAGAAAUGGUGGUGAGUACUGUAGGGAAGCUUGACCCAAAGAAAAGGCUAGAACAUGAUGUAGAUCAGCUGAUGACCAAUAAUAUUCUGCACUCACUUUCAUCGAUGAUCGACACAGUAAUCUUCUAA